AUGGCUUUGAGAAUUUCUAUGCAACAGUUAUCUAACAGGCUUAUAGAAGUUACAAGAAAAGGCCUGGAUAUACUUUCAAUUCCUCAAAUGAAAAUAAAUCCUUUGACGCAAGAAGAACAUGCUUUACGUUUCGAUGAAUUUGUUAAUAUGCUUAAAAAAGCAAAUGCUUAUCAAUACUAUAUCAAAACAUAUAAUAUAGCCAAACUCGCCACAUAUAAGGAAUAUAUUUAUUUUAGUCUUGAUGAAUGG